AUGAGAAUUGCGUCCACUCGCCAAGCUGUUCUUCUCUGUGCUUUCCUUGGAUGCCUUCCUCGUCUAAGUUUUGGACUUCCCACAUUCGAUGAUACGACAAGUAUCAAUGCAAUUACUCCUCUGCAUAAGGACGAACGCAGCGUUUGGUACGACAUAUCGAGUGGCGUUGUACAGAACACACAACGCGAUCACGACUGGCCUUUUACGAGCGACGACGACGAUGACAUAGCCAUCGCAGCCCGCGGAUGGUUUCCAAAACCAGAAGUGCCAGAAGUACCCCAUGCUCCUCCAAUCGUCCCGGAACACCCAUUUCCAGGGCCGGCACCUCGACCAGGACCGGCCGGCUCAGGUACUGGUACUGGUGCCAGCGAACCAGCUCGACCACCGCCUCCUGGCGCCGAUCCUCCGAGUGAAGAACAACUGCCUCCAAGACAGAAUCCUGAGCCCGAGUCUCAGGACAAGUGGACACCAAUACCAAGUACGGCUGCUCCUGGAAUAAGCGCUAAGCUAGGUGGUCCUCCGCGGCCUAUGGACGACUAUCAACGCGACGGGAGAAACCAAAUGGCCAUGUACCAGAAUACUAUUAAGCAGAAUACACCAGACACAGCUGUCGUUGAAGAUAAAGCUCAACUUGCCAAUCAUGGUCCGCAAAAAGCGUUUUUGGACGUUACACGGAACGAGAACUAUUAUAUCACUGGGCAACAACUAGGACUUGCGGACCCAUACAUAAAGCUAUUGAUGGCUAACUUCAGGCCAAGCGAGCUUGGCUUCUCCUUUGAAAUCAAAGACCCCAAAAGAGAGGCAUAUCAACUGAGGGCUGUAUGGUCUGCGGACGCAAAUGUGAAAAAUUUCAUCAAUCGAGGCACCUACGACCCUUUGGGAAACUUCAUCAUGUAUCAAGACGCUUUCCGGACAAACGAAAGGGCGCCAGCAGACGAGAGAGUGCCGCUCGGUGAGAUGGGCUUACAGCUUUAUCAGCAAGCAUUGAGCACGACACAGCGCACUACUGGCAAUCUCAAAGCCGCUUUCUUGAUGAACAUCCAGAACAAAGGCUUCUGGGCGAUCACCAUCCAGAACUACAACGAUCUGAGGACACCGCUGGACAAAGUCUUGACAUUCAAAAGCGGAACCCCCCAAUUUGAGCGUUAUAUGGGCAGCGACAAUCUCAAAAGCAAGUUCUAUGCUUUUGCGAACCAUCAUUGGGCCAUCGGCAAUAAGAUCCCGGACCAAAUCAUCGUUGUCCCCAAACAGGCCAUGAAGACUGACGCCACAAUAGGGCAGAGCCCCCAACUUAUUGCAGUUGUCAUCUUUAGAGAUGCUUGA